CGCGCCCACCCGGCGUCGCCGCGCGGCCCUUCUGUGUGUCCGACCCCUGAUGCGCUCGGCGGCCGCAGCUCCUCGGGCCCCCGCGGCGGCCAUCGAGCCUCGUCGCUUCGCCGCGGCCGGGUGGCCCGGGAGGCGCUCGCUCCCGCGGCCGGCGCGGCGGGGCGGGCGGGGCGGCGGCAGCGGCGGGGCUUCGACACCGUAUCCCUCCGCCGCCCCUCCCCCGCCCGGCCCCGGCCCCCCUCCCUCCGGGCAACGCUCGCCUCCCUCCGCCUCAGACUGUUUUGGUAGCAACGGCAACGGCGGUGGCGCGCCACAGCCCGGCUCCCGGCGGCUCCUCGGUUUCGGCGGGCCUCCCCGCCCAUUCGUCGUCCUCCUUCUACCCCUCGCCGGCCCGGGUGCCCCCCCCGCCGCGCCGACCCGCGCCUCCCCGCUCGGCGCCCGCGCGUCCCCGCCGCGCUCCGGCGUCUCCUCGGCGCGCCCGGCUCCCGGCUGUCCCCGCCCGGCGUGCGGGCCGGUGUAUGGGCCCCUCACCAUGUCGCUGAAGCCCCAGCAGCAGCAGCAGCAGCAGCAGCAGCAGCAGCAGCAGCCCGCGGCCGCCAAUGCCCGCAAGCCCGGCGGCGGCGGCGGCGGCCUUCUCACGUCGCCCGCCGCCGCGCCGUCUCCGUCCUCUUCCUCAGUCUCGUCGUCCUCGGCCGCGGCUUCCUCCUCCUCGGUGGCGGCGGCGAGCGCAGGCGGCGGGCGGCCGGGCCUGGGCAGAGGCCGAAACAGUAGCAAAGGACUGCCUCAAUCUACGAUUUCUUUUGAUGGAAUCUAUGCAAAUAUGAGGAUGGUUCAUAUACUUACAUCAGUUGUUGGAUCCAAAUGUGAAGUACAAGUGAAAAACGGAGGUAUAUAUGAAGGAGUUUUUAAAACAUACAGUCCUAAGUGUGAUUUGGUACUUGAUGCUGCGCAUGAGAAAAGUACAGAAUCCAGUUCGGGGCCAAAACGUGAAGAAAUAAUGGAGAGUAUUUUGUUCAAGUGUUCAGAUUUUGUUGUGGUACAGUUUAAAGAUAUGGACUCCAGUUAUGCAAGAAGAGAUGCUUUUACUGACUCUGCUAUCAGUGCUAAAGUGAAUGGUGAACACAAAGAGAAGGACCUGGAGCCCUGGGAUGCAGGUGAACUCACUACCAGUGAGGAACUGGAGGCUUUGGAAAAUGAUGUUUCUAAUGGAUGGGAUCCCAAUGAUAUGUUUCGAUAUAAUGAAGAAAAUUAUGGUGUAGUGUCUACAUAUGAUAGCAGUCUAUCUUCAUAUACGGUGCCCUUAGAAAGGGAUAACUCAGAAGAAUUUUUAAAACGAGAAGCAAGGGCAAACCAGUUAGCAGAAGAAAUUGAAUCAAGUGCCCAGUAUAAAGCCCGGGUGGCCCUGGAAAAUGAUGAUAGGAGCGAAGAAGAAAAAUACACAGCAGUUCAGAGAAAUUCCAGUGAACGUGAGGGCCACAACAUAAACACUAGGGAAAAUAAAUAUAUUCCUCCUGGACAAAGAAAUAGAGAAGUCAUAUCCUGGGGAAGUGGGCGACAGAAUUCACCGCGUAUGGGCCAGCCUGGAUCGGGCUCCAUGCCAUCGAGAUCCACCUCUCACACUUCAGAUUUCAACCCAAAUUCUGGUUCAGACCAAAGAGUAGUUAAUGGAGGUGUUCCCUGGCCAUCGCCUUGCCCAUCUCCUUCCUCUCGCCCACCUUCUCGCUACCAGUCAGGUCCCAACUCUCUUCCACCUCGGGCAGCCACCCCUACACGGCCGCCCUCCAGGCCCCCCUCGCGGCCAUCCAGACCCCCGUCUCACCCCUCUGCUCAUGGUUCUCCAGCUCCUGUCUCUACUAUGCCUAAACGCAUGUCUUCAGAAGGGCCUCCAAGGAUGUCCCCAAAGGCCCAGCGACACCCUCGAAAUCACAGAGUUUCUGCUGGGAGGGGUUCCAUUUCCAGUGGCCUAGAAUUUGUAUCCCAUACCCCACCGAGUGAAGCGACUGCUCCUCCAGCAGCAAGGACCAGUCCCGCAGGGGGCACAUGGUCAUCAGUGGUCAGCGGGGUUCCAAGAUUAUCCCCUAAAACUCACAGACCCAGGUCUCCCAGACAGAAUAGUAUUGGAAAUACUCCUAGUGGGCCAGUUCUUGCUUCUCCCCAAGCUGGUAUUAUUCCAGCUGAAGCUGUUGCUAUGCCUGUACCAGCUGCAUCUCCUACGCCUGCCAGUCCUGCAUCCAACAGAGCUGUAACCCCAUCUCUUGAGGCUAAAGAUUCCAGGCUUCAAGAUCAGAGGCAGAACUCUUCUGCAGGGAAUAAAGAAAAUACGAAGCCCAAUGAGACAUCACCUAGCUUCUCAAAAGCUGAAAGUAAAGGUAUAUCACCAAUUGUUUCUGAACAUAGAAAGCAGAUUGAUGAUUUAAAGAAAUUUAAGAAUGACUUUAGGUUACAGCCAAGUUCUACUUCUGAAUCUAUGGAUCAGCUGCUAAACAAAAAUAGAGAGGGAGAAAAAUCAAGAGAUUUGAUCAAAGACAAAAUUGAACCAAAUGCUAAGGAUUCUUUCAUUGAAAGUAGCAGCAACUGCACCAGUGGCAGCAGCAAGCCGAGCAGUCCCAGCAUUUCCCCUUCAAUCCUCAGUAACACAGAGCACAAGAGGGGACCUGAGGUCACAUCCCAAGGGGUUCAGACUUCCAGUCCAGGAUGUAAACAAGAGAAAGAUGAUAAAGAGGAGAAGAAAGACGCAGCUGAGCAAGUGAGGAAAUCAACGUUGAAUCCCAAUGCGAAGGAGUUCAACCCGCGUUCCUUUUCUCAGCCAAAGCCUUCUACCACCCCAACUUCGCCUCGUCCUCAAGCACAACCUAGCCCAUCUAUGGUGGGUCAUCAGCAGCCAACUCCAGUUUAUACUCAACCUGUUUGUUUUGCACCAAAUAUGAUGUAUCCAGUCCCAGUGAGCCCAGGAGUGCAACCUUUAUAUCCUAUACCUAUGACGCCCAUGCCUGUCAAUCAAGCCAAGACAUAUAGAGCAGGUAAAGUACCAAAUAUGCCCCAACAACGGCAAGACCAACAUCAUCAGAGUACCAUGAUGCACCCAGCCUCAGCAGCAGGCCCACCAAUUGUGGCCACCCCACCAGCUUAUUCCACACAAUAUGUUGCCUAUAGUCCUCAGCAGUUUCCGAAUCAGCCUCUUGUUCAGCAUGUGCCACAUUAUCAGUCUCAGCAUCCUCACGUCUAUAGUCCUGUAAUACAGGGCAAUGCUAGAAUGAUGGCACCGCCAACACAUGCCCAGCCUGGUUUAGUAUCUUCUUCAGCAGCUCAGUACGGGGCUCAUGAGCAGACGCAUGCGAUGUAUGCAUGUCCCAAAUUACCAUACAACAAGGAGACAAGCCCUUCUUUCUACUUUGCCAUUUCCACUGGCUCCCUUGCUCAGCAGUAUGCGCACCCUAAUGCUACCUUGCACCCUCAUACUCCACAUCCUCAGCCUUCAGCUACUCCCACUGGACAGCAGCAAAGCCAACAUGGUGGAAGCCAUCCUGCACCCAGUCCUGUUCAGCACCAUCAGCACCAGGCCGCCCAGGCUCUCCAUCUGGCCAGUCCACAGCAGCAGUCAGCCAUUUACCAUGCGGGGCUCGCACCAACCCCACCUUCCAUGACACCUGCCUCCAAUACACAGUCGCCACAGAAUAGUUUCCCAACAGCACAACAGACCGUCUUUACGAUUCAUCCUUCUCAUGUUCAGCCGGCUUAUACCAAUCCACCCCACAUGGCCCAUGUACCUCAGUUCUGGUUCAAGGUAUCUCUAGAAAAAGACAAGACUGAGAGAUGUUCUCUUUGGUGGCUAGAGGUCUGCUUCAGAAGGAGGAAGGCUGGCCAGAGUUGGGCAGUGCCGAAAGUCCACAUCCUCACCCUGACGCUGAUUCUAAAUGAUCAAAGGCAGAAGAUUUAUACCAGAUAAAGCCAUAUGGAUUGCUGGUCUAAAAUUCAAGGCAGGGCCCAGGAGCUCUCAUCGUUUGCUCGGAAAGGAGAUCACCCCUUCACUGCCCCCAUCUCCUCCACUUCCUCCUGUGAUAAAACUGGUAAGAUUGUUUCUCUGGGGUCAUGAGAUGAUCGAUGGCUGCUUCCAGCACAGGCCAAAAGAAGAUAAGAGUGUGGGGGAAGGAGCAAGAUGUGGGGAAUGGACAGAGGAGACCCAACUGGGCCCUCCUCCCUCCAGCAGCUUUUCCUAAGAGCCAGGAGACAGACAGCAAGGCGCACCUGGAAAUACCACAGCUUCCACCAAGGCAGUGCCGGCUGGGGAGGAGGAAACAAGAGGCAGGAGCAAAGGUGAGUUCCAGGCACAGUGGCUUUGGCGGACCUGACCUCCAUGAGGGGCUGACUUUUCAAAAGGUGGUGCAAGAGUCAGUCCUCAAAGCCAUACGCUUAACCAUGCUUCAGACACACAGGUGCCAGGGUUCUGAUAGAAGGAUGGUGACCCCAGGACUGGGCAGCCUGGCAGGAGAGGGUUGGUCAAACUGGGGCUCUUCCUGGUCCAGGCCCACCCCCAGAAGGUCUUGGAGUUGCCAGUCCUGCCCUGGUGGUUGGACACAGCAGUCUGGGGAGAACAACUCUGGGAACAAGCUCAGAGAGGUUGCACAACUAAUAAAUCCCAGCCCUAAGUGACCAGCACCAGCCAGGGCAUCUUCACCCUUCAAGUUCUUGUAUGUCCCCCACGACCGAGUUCCUCAGCCUGGGAGCCUUGCCUGGCACCUACACAAGCACUGGACACGCCGGAGCGCUUGGGAAGCAGGGCCUCUGCUCUCCCAGCAGCUUUCACUCUCAGCCAGCCCCUCUGUCUCUAUUUCCCGUCUGCAGAACGGGUGAGGUGCAGAGGGCUCCUUCCUUCUCUUGCUUUUGCGGUUGGCCCUGCCUGGACCCCCAGCCUCCCCACUGGCUCUGGGCCCUCAGCAUCACUGGGAGGAAGCAGGCCAGGCCGAGAGGGUAACAGGCCUCGCCUCCCUUUCAGUUCCGCCCUGGGCCCUGGGCCCUGCCCCCAGUGUGAGUGCCAAGAUGACUGGCAGAGCCUGGUUUCACUCUGAAAGUGGGGCCCUCCAUGCCAGCUUCACCCCCGGCAGCUGAGGAACCGCUGACCUGACAGGCAGUGAGGAGAGCAUUCGCCUCCUCUCCCCACAGCCAACCCUGGCCGCACAGACGGUGGCAAAACUCGUCCUGGCUCCCCUCUGCCUGCUGGCUGAGCGUGAUACGGGUUCUUUGGUGUCUUCGUGGUGGCCCAGGCUCACACAACUCCAGAGGCUGAGCCGGGGGCUGAACCCCAGCCUGCCAAGGACCAGAGCCAGUGCAUCUAACCUACCAUGCUGCCAGGUGGGGGAAAUGCCAGGGGCUCUGCCCAGAUUGGAGGGGCAAUUGAGAGCACAGGGACAGACAUCCCCACCUAUGGCCACAGCCCUAGCUGGACAGUCCAGAGCAGGACUUGUGAGCGCUGGUCACUGUGUGGAUGGACCAGUGGGUGCCUUUCUCACUGAACAAUGUGAUGGAACUGAGCUGUGGUGGAGAGAGCCGAGCCCGAACCGCAGCCGCAGGAACACUUGGGGCUUCAGGUUCCCCUCCUCUCACACACCCUCUAUUCCACCUGCAGCGCAGAGCAAGCCAGGCCAGCAGCUGCUCUCUGGACCCACCUCAGAGUCACGCUGUGCUUGGGUGAUCAAAAUGACCAGACCAUCCCAGUGUUUGUAGUACAGGCAGUAGACUGUCACCCGCCACGUCCUGCAGCAUCCCUCCUGGGGAGCUGGUCUUCUCCUUCUUAGCUCCCAGCAUCCAAAAAGCCAAUGGCCACUGGGCCUCCAGUGGUAAUCCAUUUCUUUCUUUGCUCUGGCUGCUAGGAAGCGCAAAGACAAAGAUGUAGACCAGCUCUGACGCUGUCCUCACAGUAGGGCUUGCGUUUCUAGAGCUAACUAACUUUAUCCAGGCUUUUUAAUUUUUCUUACUCUUCUAGGCACUAGGGUUCAGACUUGACCCUACCCUUCUUGUAUAACCUUGGACAAGCGACUCAGCCCUCCAUGCCUUAGUUUUGUCAUAUGUAUGUAUGGUGGAAAUAUUUAAUAGUCCCUCUCUUUUCACAGGGUUGGUAUGGUGAUUGGGUGAACUAUUGCAAGUGAAAGAAAUACCUGAUAAACAGCUGUUGUUAAAUUUCCAGGCUGGGGUCUGAGGCCAGCCAAGAUGGGAAAAGCCUGCUUGGGUUGACUGCAGCGUUACAGUGCUCCUGUGUCACGUACGGUACCACAGCUUCCCCUGAGCACACCCCUGCUUCCUCUCAACCUUACAGACCCUGUUUGUGAUGUGCUCCCUUUCUACCUGCAACGAAGUUGACACACAAUAUAACCUCCCUCCCUACAUACAUACUCUACAUAAGAUAAAGGGAAGUAAUGGAAUGUAAUUGAUACUAAAAUAAAAUGUAUUUCACUGUGACUAUGCAUACAC